AUGGCUGGGAAUCCGCCCUCGACGCCGGAAUCGCCAACCUCCGGCGGCUUCAACACAGAUCAACUCCCUCGCACCUCGGAGAACUUCUCCUCCCCCUCCUCCUCCGACGACGACGAGGCAGCCGUCGAUCCCCAAGUCAUCCGAGACGACGACCUCGAAGACCUCCACAAUGAAGACGAAGAGGGCGACGGCGAGGAUCUCUUCCACGAGAAUUUCAUGGAGGAUUACCGGAGAAUGGAUGAGCAUGACCAGUACGAGUCAUUGGGGAUCGACGAGUCGCUUGAGGACGAGAGGGAUCUUGAUCAGAUCAUGGCCGACCGCAGAGCCGCAGACUUGGAGCUCGAUGCUCGCGAUGCUCGCGUCAACACCCGCAAGCUCCCUGACCUUCUCCAUGAUCAAGACACCGAUGAUGACAACUACUGGCCUUCAAAGAGGACGAGAGCUGAUUUCAGGCCUCCAGGUUCUCGAAGAAACCACGAUGAUGAUGCUGAUGCAAUGCAGAGUUCGCCUAGAAGAUCACAGGGGGCUCCCUCCAGAGAAGAUGUGCCCACUACUGAUCAAACCGAUGAUGAGCCCUUUGAGGAUGAAGACGAUGAAGAUGGCGAGUUUGAGAUGUACCGUGUGCAGGGCACACUGAGAGAGUGGGUUACUAGAGAUGAAGUCCGCCGUUUUAUUGCCAAAAAGUUCAAAGAGUUUCUGCUGACUUACGUGAAUCCGAAAAAUGAAAAUGGUGAAUUUGAAUAUGUUCGUCUGAUCAAUGAGAUGGUCUCAGCUAAUAAGUGUAGUCUGGAGAUUGACUACAAGCAAUUUAUCUAUAUUCAUCCCAACAUUGCCAUCUGGCUCGCUGAUGCUCCUCAAUCUGUCCUAGAAGUCAUGGAAGAUGUUGCAAAGAAUGUUGUCUUUAAUUUACAUCCUAACUACAAAAAUAUCCAUCAGAAGAUCUAUGUCCGCAUUACUAACUUACCAGUAUAUGAUCAGAUUCGGAACAUUAGGCAAAUUCAUUUGAAUACAAUGAUUCGUAUUGGGGGAGUUGUGACCCGACGUUCUGGGGUCUUUCCCCAGUUGCAACAGAUAAAGUAUGAUUGCAACAAGUGUGGGACAAUUUUGGGGCCAUUCUUUCAGAAUUCUUAUUCAGAAGUGAGGGUUGGUUCCUGUCCCGAAUGCCAAUCAAAAGGACCGUUUACAAUCAAUAUAGAGCAGACGAUAUACAGGAAUUACCAGAAGCUUUCCCUCCAAGAGAGCCCUGGAACUGUGCCUGCAGGUCGACUUCCAAGAUACAAGGAAGUUAUACUUUUGAAUGAUCUGAUUGAUUGUGCACGCCCCGGGGAAGAGAUUGAAGUAACAGGAAUUUAUACAAAUAAUUUUGACUUGUCGCUGAACACAAAGAACGGAUUCCCCGUAUUUGCUACUGUGGUGGAAGCGAACUAUGUCACAAAGAAACAAGACCUCUUUUCUGCGUAUAAACUUACGCAGGAAGACAAGGAACAGAUUGAGAAGUUGGCUAAAGACCCCAGAAUAGGAGAAAGGAUUGUCAAGUCCAUUGCCCCAUCAAUCUAUGGCCAUGAGGACAUAAAAACUGCAAUAGCCCUGGCUAUAUUUGGAGGCCAAGAGAAAAAUGUAAAGGGGAAGCACAGACUGCGAGGAGAUAUAAAUGUACUUCUUCUAGGUGAUCCGGGCACAGCCAAAUCACAAUUUCUUAAGUAUGUUGAAAAGACUGGACAGAGGGCUGUGUAUACUACUGGUAAAGGAGCCUCUGCGGUGGGGCUUACAGCUGCAGUGCACAAGGACCCUGUUACAAGGGAGUGGACCCUUGAGGGAGGGGCCCUCGUUCUUGCUGACAAAGGAAUAUGUCUAAUUGAUGAGUUUGACAAGAUGAAUGAUCAGGACAGGGUGAGUAUCCACGAGGCAAUGGAGCAACAGAGCAUUAGCAUAUCAAAAGCUGGGAUUGUCACCUCCCUCCAAGCACGCUGCUCUGUCAUUGCUGCUGCAAAUCCUAUUGGAGGAAGAUAUGAUUCCUCGAAAACAUUUUCACAGAAUGUUGAAUUGACGGAUCCCAUUGUCUCUCGGUUUGACAUCCUCUGUGUUGUCAAGGAUGUGGUUGAUCCCGUGGCAGAUGAAAUGCUAGCUAAAUUUGUAGUUGACAGUCAUUUUAAAUCACAGCCCAAGGGAGCUAGCAUAGAUGAUAAGUCCUUGAGUGAAUCUCAAGAUGAUGUCCAACCUUCUGUAGAUGCAGCAGAUCCGGAGAUACUUCCACAAGAUUUGCUUAAGAAGUACAUCACUUAUGCCAAGUUGAAUGUGUUUCCGAGGUUGCAUGAUGUUGAUAUGGAUAAACUUACUCAUGUUUAUGCUGAAUUGCGGAGAGAAUCCUCAUAUGGACAAGGAGUGCCAAUAGCGGUGAGGCACAUUGAGUCAAUGAUACGGAUGUCUGAAGCACACGCAAGAAUGCACCUCAGACAACAUGUAACACAAGAAGAUGUGGACAUGGCUAUUCGUGUUUUACUUGAUUCGUUUAUCUCAACGCAAAAAUUCGGGGUGCAGAAAGCUCUCCAAAAGAGCUUCAGAAAGUAUAUGACUUUCAAGAAGGAUUAUAACGAGCUCCUCCUUUACCUCCUUCGUGAGCUUGUGAAGAACGCACUGCAUUUUGAAGAAAUUGUUUCUGGAUCUACUUCAGGGCUUACCCAUAUCGAUGUGAAAGUGGAGGAUUUGAGGAACAAGGCACAGGAACAUGAGAUUUAUGAUCUAAAGCCCUUCUUCACUAGCACUCACUUUUCUCGAGCCAAUUUUGUUUUAGACGAACAGCGGGGAGUAAUAAGGCAUCGUCUCGUUAGAUGAUUGUUUGGAGAUGUGAAUCUUGAACAGGUUGGCUAAUCUUUUCAACUGAAGAUAUGAGCAGCAUUUGGAGGUCGGAUGAAUGGAUUCGAAGUUUUAAGCGUCGCACAAAUGACCACCUCUAAUUUUAAGUAUGAACCCUACCAAGGCAUAUUUAUAAUAUAAUGGCAUUAGCAACCACGUUCUGAUAUAAAGUUCUUUUUGUGCGUCUAAUUUGGACGUACUAGUACGCAAUGAAACAACGCUGUUGUGGCCAUCUAUGCGGAAGUACUUGAUCAAUGCUUGCUUUAAAAGAGCUACCGUGCAAA